AUGACGAUGGAAGAUCCACCUCAGAAUCCCCCUGGGGAAGGGCUUGCCAACCAACGAGAGCUACCGACCGUCCAGGUUUCCAGCAUCCCGGCGCAGGCUGCAUUGAUCGCAGAAUCAGCGACAACACUCAGGAACGGAUCCGGUGCUGUUCGUUCCGAAACCAAGAAUGCUGCUAAGAUUGCCAUCCCCCGCCAACGCUCGGGGAUCGCCCCGCGCUAUAAUCGGCGGGUCCCUCGAGCUUGCGAAUCAUGCAGGGCGCGCAAAACAAAAUGCAGUGGUGACACCCCAGUUUGUCGACAAUGUCGAGAACUGAGGGUAACAUGCCACUAUCCCGUUGGAUGGAAGGAGAGAACGAAGAAACAAGUCGAUAAAUUAUCCGAAAAAGUCCAAGAUUAUGAAAACAUGUUAAAGGAUUUGGGAGCUUUGGUUGAAAGUCGCACUGCAGACCGGAUCAAGGGCUUGCUGGACAAGCAUGGAUUGGACCUAGACUACUCGUCGACAAACUCCCAUUCAGUCACCCCACAAGACCAGGACGAACUACACGAUGAGCAACAAGAUGAUGAAAUAAGUUCGCCCUCGUCGAUUGGGUCUUUGGAAGCGGUCGAUCGCGUGGAAGAGGACCUAAACCGGACCCAAAACUCAAGAGCCACAGGCUUUAUGGGCAAAAAUUCGGAAGUCACUUGGAUGCAGCGUCUCCAGAGAGAGGCAGAGCAUCGUUCGCAAGGAUUGCCUGGGUCAUUAGAGCCGGGCCAAAGCAAACGACAGGACGAUGAUUUGGCCCUUCAUGCCGUGAAUUACCACUUAGACGACCUCGAUAUCUCCGUGCCUGGACCGGUUGAAUUUUAUGCCAUGCCUCCCCGCGAGCAAGCGGAUCAACUCUUCGAUGACUACUUGCGAACCGUACACCCAUUCUUCCCCAUUAUCAACAGACCUCUGUUCCGUGCGCAAUACAAGACCUUUUUUGAAAGCAAUGCACAACCAGGAGACAAAUGGCUUGCCAUAUUGAAUAUGAUAUUCGCCAUCAGUGCAAAGCAUGCUCACCUGAUUGAGGCACCGUGGGCUGGCGAUGAAAAGGACCAUCUCACAUAUCUGACUCGGGCCAGAAUUCUGAGUAUGAACGGCGAUGUACUUUUCAGUCAUCCAGAUCUGCAGCAGGUCCAGGUCGAGGGCUUGAUCGCCUUCUACCUGCUUUCAUCGGAUCAAAUCAACCGAGCGUUCAGGAUGUCGGCUCUUGCUAUGCGGUCCGCUAUCACUCUCGGUAUUAAUAUGAAAAGUAGCAGUCCAACAACUCCCAAUAUCUCCAAAGAGGCUCGCUACCGAGUCUGGUGGUGUCUCUAUACCUUCGAGCAUCUGCUUGGCAUCAUGACCGGCCGGGCCACAUGCAUACUAGAUGGAGUCUGCACGACGCCACUACCUUUGCCCUUUGAGGAGGAAGAUUUGUCAGAGCCCACAGCUGCCGAAGUCCUCAACAAUACGCACCUUCGGGAUGAACGCAUCAACAAGGUGAUGGCGAGCGCGUGGGUUCGACACAUGCCACUCAACCCGACGGGAGGCAAGGAAGCCACACAUUCCUCUCGUACACGAAGAAACUCAUGGGUGAAAAGCCUGCCGCCUACAUAUGGACUCACUCAUCUUUACUACUGCGAUCUAGCAGUCAUCACCCAGGAAAUUGUCAAUAAAGUGUACUCUGUCGAUUGCGUGAUGGUGCCGUGGUCACACAUCGAGAAUCGCAUCGGUGAACUGAGGUCUCGAUGCGACCUCUGGUACCGAAGUCUACCUGCCGUUCUCGACUUCACCCAGAAGAAUGAUGACACACCCGAGAUCCUCCGCAGCAAGCUUGCUUUGGCAUUUCAAUAUUGGAGUGCGCGUAUCACCCUUGGUCGCCCAUGCCUGUGCCGGCGCGAUGCACAGCAGAAGAACCCAGCCGACAAAUCAUCUUUUAGUCAUGAUAUGGCUGUGCUGACCCUGGAGUCAGCCACGAGCAUGCUGGACCUCAUCCCGGAUGAGCCCAAUGCCGUUCAGCUUUAUUCGAUCGCCCCUUGGUGGUGCAUUCUUCAUUACCUCAUGCAAGCAGCGACAGUCCUCCUGCUAGAGCUGUCCUUUGGGAGUGUGCACAUGCCCGACGACGAGAAGAACUUCAUCGUGUACUCAAAGAAAGCAAUCCGGUGGCUCUAUGCCAUGUCCGAGCAUAGCGUUGCAUCACGCCGCGCCUGGCAGUUGUGCGACAUCUCUUUGCGCAGACUGGCCUCUGGAAUGAAAUUCGAUGUGACCGACAUACCCGCAACCACCUAUCAAAACGCACCCGCCUCUACUCUAGACCUUACCGACCCGGGCCAACAUCCUGGCCAAAGUCUGAACACUGACCGACCCGGAUCGCUUCGAAUGGAUUCGGCCGGUUAUUGGGGCCCUCACUUUGAAGAUCUCAGCUUGACCGGCCAGAACCAGAUCUUCCCGACCGACCACUUCCAUAACGGCUAUCCCGAAAUGCCUGCAGCCGACCCUAUCUCCCAAUUUACUAUCGAAGGCUCAGUGGCAGACGACCUGUACUUCCCGUAUGACCCUAUCAGCGGCGAGUUUAUCCGCGGCUUCUUCCCCAACAAUAAUGAAGAAGAGUCAACAUGGGGAUAA